GUUUAAAAGCAGAAAUGACAGAAACUGGCGAUGGGUCAUGGGGACAUCUUGAAGAUACAGAAUAUUUCGGAAGGAUUUCUAGUACGACAGAUUACGUUGUUCUCACUAAGGAGAAUCUAAAGGAGUCCAAGUAUGCUACGUGUACACAGGCUGCUCACUGUAUGAUAUACUGUACACAUACGCAGCGGAUCUUUGAUUUAUACAGCGCUAGGGCUGCAGUUUUGAUGCAGAUGCGAUUCGAUGGAUAUAUUGGCUUUCCUGGAGGGCUCAUAGAUGAAGGAGAAGAUGUUAUUACAGGACUGAAUAGAGAAUUAGUUGAAGAAAUGAAUAUCUCUCCUACAAGAAAUUUAAUAAAAGAUGAAAACCACAUAGUUUCUCAUUGGAAUAAAAGUACAAAAUUGGUAUUAAACUUCUAUGCUGUGGAGGUUACAAUGGAUGAACUUUUUCAUAUUGAAAAAAAUUCUGUAUUUGCACAUGAUUAUGGCACAGAGGUUCUUGGAACUCUGCGAGUACCAUUAUACACAAUGGGUGAUGGUUAUAGGGGAUUUCCAAAUUUUCUUAAUAAUAAAUUUUGUGGCAACUCUAAACAACAGUUGCUAUACUCUCUGCAUCAUCUGGGCUUAAUGACGGAGGAGGAGAUACAGAAUGCAGUUAAUGCUAAACCUGUUUCUGCAUGAUUUAUCAUUCCAUGUGAUAUUUAUUUAGAUCCCACUCUAAAGUGAAAUAUUAUGUGAUUUAAUUAUACAUUCCGUGAACUGCGACAUGAGAAGUUAUUGUUCAUAUAUUGUUAUGUAUUUAUAAAGAUUAAUAAAUAUAUUUAUUUGAGUGUUA